ACGGACGGACGGGGUGAGAGGAUGUGAAGAUGGCGGAGCUGCAGAUGCUGCUGGAGGAGGAGAUCCCGGGGGGGCGCCGGGCCCUGUUCGACAGCUACACGAACCUGGAGCGGGUGGCCGAGUACUGCGAGACCAACUACAUCCAGUCAGCAGAUAAGCAGCGAGCCCUGGAAGAAACCAAAGCCUACACAACUCAGUCAUUAGCAAGCGUAGCCUAUCUGAUCAACACUUUGGCCAACAAUGUUCUCCAAAUGCUGGAUAUCCAGGCAUCCCAACUUCGACGCAUGGAGUCUUCAAUCAACCAUAUUUCACAAACGGUGGACAUUCACAAAGAGAAAGUUGCUAGAAGAGAAAUUGGUAUCUUGACUACAAACAAAAACACCUCAAGAACUCACAAAAUCAUUGCACCAGCUAACUUGGAGCGACCAGUUCGCUACAUCAGGAAACCUAUUGAUUAUACAAUUCUAGAUGAUAUUGGACAUGGAGUGAAGGUCAGCACACAGAAUAUGAAGAUGGGUGGGCUGCCUCGUACAACACCACCCACCCAGAAGCCACCAAGUCCACCGAUGUCAGGAAAAGGAACUAUCGGGCGUCACUCUCCCUAUCGUACGUUGGAGCCAGUACGUCCUCCGGUUGUACCAAAUGACUACGUGCCUAGCCCAACACGCAAUAUGGCUCCCUCACAACAGAGCCCUGUUAGAACAGCUUCUGUGAAUCAGAGGAAUCGCACAUACAGCAGCAGUGGGAGUAGUGGAGGAAGCCACCCAAGUAGUCGGAGCAGCAGCCGAGAGAACAGUGGAAGUGGAAGUGUGGGUGUUCCUAUUGCUGUUCCCACACCGUCUCCUCCCAGUGUCUAUCCAGGUCACCCAGUUCAGUUCUACAGCAUGAACAGGCCUGCAUCUCGACAUACACCCCCAACAAUAGGGGGAUCUUUGCCAUAUCGGCGUCCUCCUUCAAUCACAUCACAGACAAGCCUUCAGAACCAGAUGAAUGGAGGACCAUUUUAUAACCAGAAUCCAGCAUCCCUUGCUCCUCCUCCCCCCUCCAUCCUACAGGUAACUCCACAGUUACCACUAAUGGGAUUUGUGGCCAGAGUUCAAGAAAACAUUUCAGACACUCCUCCCCCGCCACCACCUGUGGACGAGCCAGUGUUUGAUGAAUCUCCACCUCCACCACCACCUCCAGAAGAUUAUGAGGAGGAGGAAGCAGCUGUGGUGGAGUACAGUGAUCCAUAUGCUGAGGAGGACCCUCCUUGGGCACCAAGGACCUACUUAGAAAAGGUGGUGGCAAUCUAUGACUACACGAAGGACAAAGAAGAUGAGCUCUCCUUUCAGGAAGGUGCCAUCAUUUAUGUCAUCAAGAAAAAUGAUGACGGCUGGUAUGAGGGGGUCAUGAAUGGAGUGACGGGGCUCUUCCCAGGGAACUAUGUGGAGUCAAUCAUGCAUUACUCGGAGUGAAGACUAGAGGACAGAACACUGCAUCUCCUGCUGCAGGAGCUGUCAGGGCUUCCCAGUUCUCCAACAGCCUCUGGGGCCCCAUCCAGUGUAACCGAAUGAAGGAUAAUUGUAACGACCACUCUUUUGGGUUUGGUUCUCCCCCCCCCCCCCCCCUUAUAAAACAAUAGUGAUUUGAGUUGUUUGAACAAAUGGCUCUUCCGGCUGCCAGCAGAGGCUAUCCUGAGCCAUCUGAAGUUGAAUUAAGCUGACCCAUUCAGAUGUAACAAACUCGAGUAGCUGAUACUUUACUCGAAUUCUGACUUCUUCUGACAGGCUUUGGGAUCUGUCUCAGGAAUCCUGUGUGCCCUUGUGGUACUACCCUUGGCAGCAGUGCCUGGCGCUUGGAAUGUCCUGGAUGCUUGCAGUGAAGGGUUACUGGCCAGCGGACACCCCUCCUGUUUCUACACUACACUCCUGUGCAGCUGGAAGAACAGAUGUGUGCUAGCUACACUGGGAUUUCUACACAGAGCUGUUCCUGUAACUGACUUCCAGAUAGUUGGAUACAUCUUUAGCAUAAACACUUCUGCAGCUGCUCUGCACAUGUAGGCUGACCACAGGGGCACACAGAGCUGGCUUUCAUUCACUCACCUUUCAGUUUAGACAAUUAAGAUGGCUGCAGCCCAGAGGACCCCCACUCCUGUUUCCUCAUCUUUUGAACACCACAGAUUUGUUUUGUGUUCUGCACUGAUGUAAAUGUGCUCUUCUCUGCAGUGAGCUGGUUUAAACAGAACUCACAGGUGCCAUUGAUGGUGAAGGCAAAACAAAGUUUACAGGUCCUCCUGGGGUCUGAGGAUAAACUCUAGGGGCUGUGAUCUAAGGUUCAAAUCUACUCACACCUGCUUGCACUAGAGAAACUUACCCCCAGCUUUAGUCUUAUGCACAAUAUAACCUUAAAAAUUCAAUCAGGUAUUGUAAAUUGGCUAUUUUGUACUGGAUGACUAGAUUUGCAUAUGUACUGUGAGAGCCCUGUGCAGAGGCAGGACAAACGGCAAUUGUCGUCUUCAUGUCUGUUGCCAAAAUCUCUUCAGUGGAAGUAAAAAGGGCUGUUGUGCGUACUGGUUUCCCAUGGAAAUCCAAGCAGUAACUAGUAGUAGUCCUAGCUCUUCCCCCAGCCCUCUCCAUGGUUUAUUAUAAAGAAAUAGAUAUUUUGAGCUGUACUGGUGGAUCUGGGGUGGAGUAAUACCAAGUGAAGGCUCUGUAGCCCUGUGUGUUGAUAGUUUGCUUUUUAAUCUAGUCUCGGUUAAAAAUGCUGCACAGUGAUUCUGCCUAGCAGAUCGGUGUAAAGUGAUGGCUGUACUAGUCUGCCCUUAGGUAGGACUAAAUGUUAUCUUUGGGUAAAUGUCAUGCAUUAACAGAGUGAACUGAUUAAACCUCCUGUUGCAGUCCUGUUAGCCUGCCAAUUGAGCUGACCCUGUAUUGUGAGAGCCUCCUGGGCCAGGGCAUCUUCCCAGACAACUUUUGUCUUGUCACCUGGCCGGGUUCCAGCUGGUACCAACAGUAGCUUGUCAAAGGCAAGACAAUGCUGCAGCUGUCUUCUGAGGCCCGUGUGUAAAACAGAGCAGCGCACAAGAGAGCACUACCGGGGCUGGGUUUGUGAUGGUAUUGGCAACGGUACAGGUAAUUGACCCAAUCCCCUUGCUUGGUAAUUGGUGCAAUAUCAGGAUGGAGAUGCGGGUUUGGUGCAAACCUGGGCAGGGAGGCGCCAUAGCUGCUCAAGAGGGAGGAAAGAGGAGACAAACAGGUGAGGUGGGUUUGUGGGAUACGGAUGAAUGUGAUCACCCACUGUGAGCUUGUGGAAGAGUGCGUUAACUCAUGUGACUGAGCAUAAGGAACUAGUUUGGUUGAAGCCUACAGGAGGUACAACUUUGAAGAAACUGGUGCGAACAUAAGUUACUUCCUCCCCUGCUCAAUCCACAGCUCUGUCACCAAGACACGGUUGUCUUCUUUCUGGAAGCUGACAGCAUUACCGUUUGGGAUGAGUGUUAAUCAGAACAGAUACUCUUCUACCUUCCUCUGGGAAAAUGUUGGUCUUGCAGCAAGACUAACAGCAGCAGCUAUGUUUGGUUCCCUCAGCCCAUCAUUUCUCUGGGAGCAAGCCUAGAAAAAACACUGGUUGUGCAGUCACUGGCAUGACCGUUUCUAGUGUCAUAGGGCAGGUCUACAAUUUUUUGCACAGGGAGGUGGUGCUUGCAGCCCAGCUAGUGGCCUGGGUGAUUGAACAGCAGUAUGCACAAGCCUUUGGUGCGCACAGGGUGACUUUGUUUUCUGGGACUAUCGGAGCUUUCCUGGGUUUUUCUUGCCCUGGGUAUGUUUGUGGUAAAGACUGAGCACAGGGUGCUCAAAUGCAUCAAGUUAUGGCAGCUUAGUGAGCUAGUAAAUGAGAGCCAAACCUCUCUCCCUGUGCACCCAUGCUCCAGCUGGGAGGUCAUGCAUUAGUGAAAUGUGUAAAAGCAUGCACUUGAAUACUUCUGACAGGCGGGUGGGGAUUGUGUGUGAUACACACCCAUGUCCUUAAUCUUCAUUCAGCUGGUUGUUCAUCUUGCAAGUUUUCCGUGUUGCGAGAGCAGAGCAGUGUGAACUCUAGGAUGUGCUGAAUGCUUGCCAGAGCUCAGUACAGAAAUGAGGCUGCAAAACCUUGGAAGUGGAAUGCGUGAAGCUCCUUUAAAGAACUGGCGCUGGUCUUACGGGCCAGGGGUUAGUUUGGUCCCUGCUGAUAGCAUGUGGAAUUAUUUAUACUGCAAGAGCUGCUGUGGAUGGAAUUUUUGGGUCACCUCCUGCUGGUUUUUAUGCUUUAUUAUGCAGUACUGAUGUAAAGAAAUUUGUUGAGUUUUAUGCAUAUUUUUUAUUUUGUACAGAUUUUAAUUUUGUGGCUCAUUCGGGGAUGAUGUGAUGUAAUGGUCAUAGACGAGGCCAAGGUAAACAGUCUUUGUAUAUUAAUGUUACACAGAUUGCAUGCUAGUGAAGUCAGUGAGGGUUGUGUUUCCAGUUUUGUCCCAUGUACUUCUCCUUCUCCAAAACCUACUCCUCCCACCCCUUUUUAAUUUACAUGUUUACUUUAAAAGGGGUGGAGAAUGGGGCUGCGAAGAAACACCUCAGUAUUUCAAGUAGAUGCACAACAUCUCUUCACUGAGUUCUGCUGCCACAGCUGAAGGUGUUCGGCAUCACAGGCUGUUGAAUCAGCAGUGUGUAUGCAUGAGAGAGAGGUGGGGGAAGGAGACACUCCAGAAUAGCCCAAAGAGUGCUGCUGUAUGGCCAGAAUGAGUAUGUUUCUCCCUUUGUGAGAGCUGCCUUAGCCCAGCCAGCUGUUUUCACUGUGCACAGAAAUCAGUCAGCAUCCUCUAGUGGUGUAGUUUUGCCUUGGUUUGCUGUAUCAGAGAUUUCUUCCUUGCUUUUGGCCCCAGGUACAAAGCUAUUAACUACAGCUGCCUCUCCACCAUGUGCCUGUGUGAGAAGAGGUCCAACCAAGUCUGUCCCCAUCUAGUGCUGAAGCGGGUUAUUUUGGUGCCUUCCAGCCUAAGAGAGACGGCUGAGGUUGCAUGUGUCUCACCCAUCUCUCCCCUCCACCUCCUUUCUCCCUCCCCCCCCCCAAAAUUGAUGUUGUUUAUCUCGCUGGCUGUUGCAGCAGAGGGCUGAGAGGGGCAGGAGGGGCCAGCAGCAAAUUUUAUGCUUGAAGAUCCUGAUGGUGUGCCUGAAGACUUGCUGCCUUGACUGGUGAGACACAGGCAGACACUGAUGUGCUGAAGAACCAUUGGUCUCACUGGAGGAUAAGAAAGAGGUGUGGCAUGACUCUGGGGUAGAUGGCAGAGCUUGGUGUGUGUUACCAGGAGGCUGACCACGUUCCUGGGACUUGGCUUGUCCUUGUGAUUAGUUGAGUUGGGUGUUCUGAAAGUGGCUGGAGAUUGCUGCUGGUUUGAACCACAGCUCCCCAGUGGUCUGUGGCUGGGUGGCUUACCAGUGGGUGCCAGGAAGGCUUAGACCCAGCUAGUUCUUGCUAGAGCAGUUUGUUCUCCUUUCACAGCUCCUGGGCCUUUUCUUUCUUUGCUGCCAAGGGUUCUUGGUGACAGCCAAAGAUGACACUGGCAGCAAUGCAGCUUCUGAAAAGUGGCACGUCUAUCAUCUAAGGUGUUUCAGUUGAUCAUGAAGAGAAAGCGACGCAGCAGGA